GUGUUCAUCACCAGAAAGCAUCGCCUCUGUAUUGUCAUGGACUAUGCCGAUGGUGGAGAUGUUCACAUGAAGAUCAAGAACCGCGAGGGUGCGCUCCUACCCGAGGAGCAGAUCCUUGAGUGGUUCGUGCAGACCUGCUUUGCCCUGAAGCAUGUGCACGAGCGGAAAGUACUACACAGAGACUUGAAAACCCAGAACAUCUUCCUCAUGUCCAAUG